AUGCUUUUCUCUUCCGUUUCUCGCCGUAAUGCCCAUGACGGAGUUUAGGACCGAUUCGGAAGCACAGACUUUGCGUCACCCAUCUUAGACAAAGAGCAGAACGUGAAGCUCGAGGUGGCCAAGGAAAAUGCAACCCACACUUUGUUUGCUUGGACCCGACCUGCAAAAACAUCCGACACCUCCGGCCAAGACUGGCAGAUCAAUAAUGAGAUGAUUGAAGUUUUGUGGGCUUAUACUGAUGAAGAUCCCAUUGGAGCUCCAGCCAUGCACACGGAGAGAGGACACAUGAAGUUGAAUCUCGUGGAAAAACAUCCUACUUUGGGGAAACCUUGAGCAAAAUAAUAAUAAUCUAUCCUCCGGCUUUAUCCAGAAAACAAUACUUAUUUUUCCUGGAAAUAUGAGUGGCAUAAUAAGAAUGCAUUUCGAAGAGGAAGCUUAUUUGAGCAUGCAAUAAAUUCUUUUUAAGCAUCAAAAA